GACAAAUACACCAGUUGGACUGGCCUUGCCCGAUAUUGAGCCAGAGCCUUUUCUACAUGUAUGUCUAUAAUGCGUGGAAAUAAGAAAGCCGCGUGCCAGGCCUCCUUUUGAGGUCACGUGAUAACGCACUUGGCACGCUGCGACAAGGCUACGGCCACCUGUACUGCACGGUCGUGUUCCUGUACUCCGCGGCGCCUCGAGUCUUCCCCUGAAUUGAACACUAAACUGAUGAUUGACAUGCGAUUCUGCGUCUGUGCCAUCUAGAAGCCCUUUUUAUCCAUCAUUGGGAUUUGACCUCACCGCACCCUUUCCGGCACGAGACCGCGACUGCGACCGCAGCACAUCUGUCUCCCUCCCUCCCCAGCGGUCAAUUCUAGUCGUCGCGCAGCAAGCCAACCGAGCCAGCAACGAAGUGAAGAGAAGACAAGAUGAAGUUCCUCACGACGACGACGCUCGCCGUCGUUUCGUCCCUCAUCACCUCCUCGCAAGCCCUCUACUUCUACCUCGACGGCACGACACCCAAAUGUUUCUACGAGGACUUGCCCAAGGACACGCUAGUAGUGGGAACAUACAAAGCCGAAGCCUGGAACGGCCAAACCAACUCCUUCCAAGCAACACCCGAGCUACAAAUGCAAAUCACCGUCGACGAAACCUUCGACAACGACCACCGCGUAGUAACGCAAACAACAACCUCAUCCGACGCGCCGACAAAAUUCACAUUCAGCGCCGCCGACGCCGGAUUGCACAGGUUGUGUUUCACGCCCUCGGGCCCCGCGGCCGUCAGUGUGGGCAGCGGUUGGUUUUCCGGCGGUGGCGGGCCCAUGGGCGGCGUCAAGUUGACGUUGGACAUGGCCAUCGGCGAGACCAGCAAGAUCGAGAGCGAGGAUAAAGGCAAGAUCGAUACUAUCGUGAGUAAAGUAAGGGAGUUGAAUCAGCGGUUGGCGGAUAUCAGGAGGGAACAGAUUUUCCAAAGGGAACGAGAAGCCGAAUUCCGUGACCAGAGCGAGUCGACCAAUGCAAAGAUUGUGCGGUGGACUUUGAUCCAGCUGGCCGUGUUGGGCGUCACCUGUGCCUGGCAGCUGUCGCAUCUGCGGUCGUUCUUCAUCAAGCAAAAGUUGACAUAGAAAAUGGGAACAUGAAUUGGCCAUUCUACACGGCCACUUAACGACCAUCGACUUCUCACCGUGAACUUUGAUUGCAUGUUCGGCCUGUUACUGCGUCCCCCCCAAAAGCCACAAUUUGAAGCAAUCUACAUUAUUGUCAAACUGACGUACGACCUGUCAACAAGAAGAGGGACAUCGCACGUCCCAAACUAUUCAAUGUCAGACGGCCAGGCUCUUGGCCGUUCACGUUUUCGUUUCAUUUUCAUUUUUGGAGAUCUCAAACUCGGACCUCUCAGAUGCCUACGGCUCCCUCGCUAUGCUACGCCAAACCCAAGAAUCAUGUACAAAAAGUAACGACUAGAAAAUGUGCAGUGCAGUGCAGCCCCAUAAUCAAAACUUGCGCCUUUCUCGCGGUCCUGCAAUGUUGGUGCCUGACGACUCCAAACCCCAGCCUCUCCCAGGAGUGCUAGUGCUAGCUGGACCGUGUCUCCUACCAGUAGAAGCGAAACCACCGCCGUCAUUCAACGACAGUCCGUCGAUCCCCAUCAUACCUCGGCUGGAAUUGGAUCUCGGAGUAGGAGUGUGAGAUUUGCUCGGCGACGACUCAUAAAGCUCAUAGCGCCCCCUAGACAGAUUCUGAGGCGCCGAGUCCCAUACCGUAGAUGUGGUGGCGAUGGACGAUUGACUCUCAACUGAUUCCGAGGAGUCGCGACGCCACGAAUCCGGACGCGGUGUAGUUGGUUCGACAGGAAGAUCCCUACCCGUACCUCUCUCGACGACCUCAUCGACUGGCGGGGCCACUGGCCUCUGAUGAAGGGUAUCAUGCGCCUGCGUGCUCGCACUUGGUCGAGUCUGAUGAUGUUGCAGGAAUUCUUGCGGCAGUAACAAGCCCACCGCCGCAAUUCCCACUUUGUUCCAAAGGUCUCGAUAAAGCUCUCCAAACCUCUCGCGUAGCAUGGCCAGUCCGAUCAACACCAUAGCUUCGCAGGUGAACAACACGAUCCACGACAAUUGACCUCCUUGCGCUCUGCUGGUAGACGACAGAAGCAGCAGCAAUAGGUGGCCAGUAGGGACGGCGAUGCUGAACAAUACAAUAUAGUAUCCUAGCUCUGAUGAUGUAUCUCGCCAGACUGUGACAUCGAAAAUCCACCAUGCAACUGCGCCCACCAAUCCACCAAAUGCAGCGGCACUGAAACGCGCGGACGGGGACGAAGACUCCUUGGCAGUAGAUAAUGACGAUCGCCUCUUUUGGUCCAUUUGAGAGAACCGAGCAGAGGGGGAAUUAGGAGUACCGACGUUAGGCGCUUGA